AAGGACAGACAGAUAGAGAAAGAGAGAGAAAGAGGAUCUUGCAAUGGCGGCCACAAACAAUUUUUGUGGCUGAGAAUUCAUGUUUCCUUUCCGACGUGGACUCUAAAGACCACAGUACGUCGUCUCAAUUACGUCAGUCAUCCCCAAAAGCCCUAAACCUAAUUUAUUCAUCCCUGUCAGUCUGUCUGUUCAUGCUGCCCUGCUGCUUUUACAUCAUUUCUUUUAUGCCUUUUUUGGAGUUCUGCUGCGUUUUCAAGCCAGGUUUGGAUAAAAAGGGCGAGUGAGUGAGUAGGGAAGAAGCACCAGCACAAUUAUUUCCUAAGAUAAAAAACACAGAAGGGGCCAAAAAUGUCGGACCCCAAAAUCAAGCUUUUUGGGAAAACCAUUGGAGGAGGAGGACGAGGAGGAGAUGGCUUCUGUGAGGAUCCUCCCUGUUCUUCUCAUUCCACCAAUUUUAAUGGAUGCGCCGCCGAUUGCAAGGAAUCACAGAAGGCUGUAGAUUCUGUCUUAAUUCCUCUUCAAUCCGUCUCUGGACAGAGUGUGUCUGGAACGAAGCACACCGACGACGACGAUCCGUCGGAGCCUCUGACAUCGGAGGAAUUCAAAGGCUCCGAUUCGUCGCCGACGGCGGUUGCAGACUCUACCGCGCCGCCGCCGGAAGAACAGAGUGAGACAAGCACCUCGUCGGAGAAGACGCUGAAGAAGCCGGAGAAGAUACUUCCAUGCCCUCGCUGCAACAGCAUGGACACCAAAUUCUGUUACUUCAACAACUACAACGUGAAUCAGCCGCGCCAUUUCUGCCGGAAUUGCCAGAGAUACUGGACCGCCGGCGGCACCAUGAGAAACGUCCCCGUCGGCGCCGGCCGCCGUAAAAACAAGGCCUCCGUUUCCCAAUUGCGGGGCCUAACCGUCCCCGAACCCCACAUCGAUAUGCCGGCGCCGGCGACGGCGCUGAAUCCCGGCGGGACCACCGUGCUCUCAUUCAACUCCGAUUCUCCCCUCAGCGAAUCCAUGGCGUCCGUCCUGAACAGCAUCGACAAAUCGAUUCGAAGCACUACAAGAAACGGAAUCAACAAUCCUGAAGAACUCAGAUCGAAAGAGCCUGAAAAUGUCGCCGGCAGCAUCAAUGAUGACGAUACCGGCAAGGCGGCGAAUCCUCAGCCAUUUCCGCCUCCACCACCCAAUUUCCCGGCGGCCCCCUUUCCUUACCGGUGGAAUCCAAUCCAAUGGAACUCCCCUGUUCCGGUCCCGCCCGGUUUCCCGAUGCCGUUUUAUUCGACUCCACCGCCGUAUUGGGGCUGCGCCGCCGUGCCGACAGCCUGGAAUGUCCCAUUGAUUAUAUCGAAUCCAAAUUCUCCGACAUUAGGAAAGCAUUCAAGGGAUGACAACAAUGCGAAUUUUGCGAAUUCGAAGGAGGAAGUUGAUCCAAAAGAGUCGAAUGCCGAGAAAUCUCUAUGGGUUCCGAAAACGUUAAGAAUCGACGAUCCGGAGGAAGCUGCGAAGAGUUCGAUAUGGGCGACAUUGGGCAUAAACAAGGACAACGUCGAAUCUCCGGGGCUUUUCAAGGCAUUCGAAACUGCUCGAUCGAAGAGCGACGAAAAGGCGCGGCCGGCGCCGGAGAAUUCGAGCGUAUUGCAAGCGAAUCCGGCGGCGCUGUCGAGGUCGGUGAGCUUCCAUGAGAGCUCGUGAGAGGUAAGGUCGUCGUUGUUGUCGAUUGGGAAAUUGGAGUUGUGCAUUGGUAGGAGUAUGGUUUUAUUGAUGAUGAUGAUGAUAUAUAUAUAUAUAUAUAUAUAUAGGUUUUGUACAUCAGUGAGUGAGAUUUGGGGUUGGUUGGGUAGUUGGAAUAAAUGGAAACAGUUGAUGAGGGUUUCUAAUUGAAAACCAUAAGUAAAAUUUAUAUAUGUUUCUAGGGAAGAACAUUACAAUUAAUCAUAUUGUUUUUGUU